AUGCUUUGGGGUUCAAAAUUUUUGCUUACAAUGCUAAAUUAGUACAAUGGUCUUGUCAAUGUAACUGUUGUCAUAGGCAUUGUUAUCCAUCAACAGGGCUUAGCCUUGUACUGUAACUAUGGCUGUUGGCCUGGGGUUGAGUCAGGAUGGAAAACAACAGGAGUAGCAGAGGAGGCAUCUGAGACUCUCUUAUAAAAUGGUGGUGGGGCAUCUGUAGUAAGUGCACUGAUUUUCAAUGCAGAGCAUCAUGAGUGUUUGAUAUGCUCUACCCUAAUGGUCAUGUAGAAUCCAUGAGUUGUGUAUACUUGUUUAGGUAUAUGCAAUAUGGGGAACAAUAAUAAGGCUGUGGCUGCUGCUUUAGACAGAUAGGUUCUGCGAUCUAUGCCUUUUGCCUGUAUAACUGUAUUAUCACUUAUUAAAAAUGAUGCUGCAAUCAUGAGCAUGUCUUUCUUCUUCAUAUUUCUAUCGGGUGUGUUUUGUACUUAGUGCUCUUGUAAGGUAUGGAGAUGACACUGGAUUUGAGAGAAACUGAAGAGUCAGAAGCUGAUGGUCUGAGGCUUCUUUAGUUGUAGGUGGUUCUGCCUCUACUGGGUGAACCUGAUUUUAAUUAAUUACACACCUGGUGUCUGCUCAUGAAAAUUGCAUGAACAAGAUUGUUUUGAUAGUCACAGUCUGCAGGAGCUAUACUUGUUGUAGAUAAAGAUAAGUGAGGGACAUAUACACUAAGAACUCAGAACUUAUUAGUUCUUCAUGAUGGUGGGUACCUAUUCUAAUGGUUGGGAAGACAAAAUCCUGGUUUUUAGCCUUUAUACAAUAGGAAUUGCCAUGUGCCCAAGACAAUUUAUAUCUAGGUUUGAAAUCUUGUGAUUGCAUGACAGUGGGGAUAAGUAUAUGAUACUGGGUAUUAGGCUUUUGUCAUUGAUUUGUUGGAAUGUCCACAUAAAUGAGUGAAUAGCUUUGACUGUCCAACCGUGGGGAUGCUUAUAUUUAAUUGGGCAUAUAGCUAGGGCUAUGAACUUGAGUUGGAACUGCCGUAUGACGAGCAUAUAAAAUUAAGCACAUGGUUUUGGUGGCGGGUUCUGAAUAUACAAGAUCAAAUAGAGUUUAUGGACAGUGCAUGGAAAGUCAUAUUGAAGUUGGAUGGCAAUAUGAUGAGCAUUUGUCAGUGAUAAAAAAGAUUUGGUUGUGGGAAUAAACAGAGUAUAUGACAGUCUUUUAAAGCUACUGCAAUGGAUUUGAUUUUGGAAGACAAGUGAUAAGCAUGACAGUUUUUUGAGGCUGGGUGUGUUACUUUGAGUUGUUAGCCUUUGUUGUGGAGAUAAAUAUUUGAGAAUGAAUACAGAGCACUUGUUGUGGAAUUAGUUAUGUGACAGAAAACAGUCAUAGAUAUGGAUUUGAGCUUGAAUAGCAAAAUGAUGAGCAUAGCAAACAAUAUUAAGUUAUGGAUUUGAGCUGGGUAGCUUCCUGACAGUGGAUAUUACAUAUGUUCUAAUUCUGAAUUGAGAUCAUUGUACUCAUACCGCUAUUCGUAAGUUCCUAACCAAUCUGGAGAUGAAUAUGAAUGACCAUAAUUGCCCUUUGUCACCUUUGGCAAAUUCAGGCAAUCCUGAAGAGCAGAUGGAUGAUGAUGCAGUGGAUGAAUUUAUGAAUUACCAACCAGAGUCAAAAAAGAGAAGACUGACAGUAGAUCAAGUGAGAUCUUUGGAGAAGAGUUUUGAAAUGGAAACCAAGCUAGAGCCAGAGAAGAAAAUACAGUUGGCUCAAGAGCUUGGACUUCAACCUCGCCAGGUUGCUGUGUGGUUUCAGAACAGAAGAGCUCGUUGGAAAACCAAGCAGCUUGAAAGAGAUUACAAUUUUCUCAAAGUCAGUUAUGAUACUUUAAAAUCUGAUUUUGAGGGAUUGCAGAAGGAAAAGGACACUCUCCUUGCAGAGUUGGAAAGCCUGAAGGAGAAGCUGAUGGAAGCCGAAUGCUGCAAAGGGGAUGAUCCCAACUCAACCAAAGAAACAAGCAUAGUUGAAAACAGCAACAAUGUUGAACUUGAUGAUACAGGAGGAGAAAGCAAUAUUGACAUUAAGCCAUUCAGUGAUAUUGCCCUGCUCUUCAAGGAGAAAGAUAAGGGCAUGGAGAAGAUUGAUAUCAAGCCACUUAGGGUUUUAUUGUUGAAUGAAAAAGAGGGGUUUUUUAGCCCUGACAUUGAUUCCACUGCCAACAUGCUGACUGAAGACAAGAAACCACCACAUCAAAUCUUCACUCAACUUGCACAAUCUUCAGCAUCCAUGAAAUACCCAUCUGCCAAUAACCCUAAUAUAGUAGGUGGGGAGGGCUCCCAUGACCAAGGCCUAAUACAUUUAGCUGAGGCUCUUUAUGGUAUGGGUAUUCCAUCCAAGGCAUGCCAGCAACUCUUCAGAAUUGACGAGGGUUUUCUCCACGAGGAAGCUUGCAAUAUCUUUGUCAAUGUGGAAGAACAAGGUGCUUCCAGUUCUUUGCCAUGGUGGGACUACUGGCUUUGAGCUCAUAAGCUGCAGUAUGGACUAAAGUAAAGUUUCUAGUAGUGAAAUAUGUUGCACUUUGUAUAGCUACAUAGCACCAAGAAGAAAAGCUGAACCUAAUGUCCAGAUGAAGUCAUGAUGGAUCAGUGUAUAUUCCUAUGGUUUGCAGCAACUCUUCUAGGCAAAAGAGGCAGAUCAGAUUGUGCAAUAAAUUGGUAAUUUCAAUGCUUAUUAAUUGUAUAUUAAUGGCUUAAGUUCUCAUGCGAUUGCAGUGCUGCAGCUGGAGAGGAGAACUACUAGUACAACAGAGAUGUUUCAAAGAGAGAAAAUUUAAGCUGAAAUUGGGCCUUUCAAAUAGGCAUCUGUGAGACAGCUUUGAUCCUGAAACUUCUUCAAACCAAACAGUUUUGAAGGAUAGUUCAGUUCACUGUCCAAUCUGGCCCAUAGAUUGAUUGGUUUAGUCAGAUUAUCAGAGAGGUACAUGGGAUGAAGAAAUUGUAAAGAAAAAAGGCCUCAAGGCUUGCCUUUAUGUAUGCUACAUAUGUUUCUCAAUUAUAAGUUGAGGGCUGUAAUUCCUGUAAAA